CGCAGUGAGUACCGACUCGUUCCCAGCAGCGCCACUUUAAACUCCGUAUCUGCUUCAUAUAUUACACACGAGGAGCUUGAACCCGCGGAAAACGAAGAACAAGGAGAGAAGGAGAAGAAAACUCUUUUUACUUUUUUUUUAAUAUAGUUUGAAGUCACUCCAGCAUUGCUUCUGUCCGGAAGGACGAUUCCCUGACUGUCUGCAAGCAAUGAGAAGCAGAGCAGCAGCAUUAUGGCUCUCACCAUGCUCCCCUGCCUGCUGUGUUGUCAAAUGAUGGAAUCAAGACGUCAGGAUCUAUUAUUUUUUGUUGGGAAUUCCUUAUUAAUUCCACACUGAGCAGGCUAUUUCUUUGCAGUGAGUUCAACCCUGAACAAAAGCAUGGUUUCAAACGAAUCAUGCAACAACACCACCUGCAAUGACACUCUCAUCGUGAACGGGGACGGCAAGCCGGCGACCAGCAUCAUCAUGUUCCUGGCGGCGGUGGUGGGGAACCUGCUGGCGCUCUUCAUCCUCGGGGUGCACCAGAAGGAUCAUCGCUCCAAGUCUUCUGUCUUCAGCAUCCUGGUGACCGGCCUGGCCCUCACCGACCUGCUGGGCACCUGCCUCCUCAGCCCACCUGUCUUCAUCUGCUACGCCCGCAACAUGUCCCUGAUCAACCUGGGUGGUGCGAGCCUGUGCAACCUCUUUGGCUUUUCCAUGAGUUUCUUCGGUUUGGCGCCCACGCUCAUCCUAUGUGCCAUGGCCGUGGAGCGCUGCCUGGCCAUCAGCCACCCGUAUUUCUACUCUGUUCACAUUCGGCGAAGCUUUGCCAAAAUCACUCUGGUCUUUAUUUACCUCUUCUCUUUGGCCUUCUGCCUCCUGCCGUUCAGCGGCUACGGCAAGUUCAGACAGUACUGUCCCGGGACGUGGUGCUUCAUCGACAUGGACGCCACAGGAGACGAGCACGCCGGCUUGGUGCUGGCCUUCUCUCUGUCCUACUCGUCCCUCAUGGCCAUGCUGAUCUUUGCAGUGUUUGUGUGCAACGGCUCGGUGAUCGUCAGCCUGUGCCAGAUGCACCGGAGCCAGAUGAUGCGGCGCGGCUCGGUGGGCUCGGCGGGGAGGAGGAGGAAGCUGAGCCUGGCCUGGUUCGCUCAGGGCGAAGAGGAGGUGGACCACCUGAUCCUGCUGGCGCUCAUCACGGUCAUCUUUGUGGUCUGCUCGCUGCCGCUCACUAUUGCGGGUUUCAUCAACGCCAUCCACCCAUACUGUGGCGACUCAGAGAACCUGACAGCCUUCCGCUUCUACGCCCUCAACCCCAUCGUGGACCCCUGGGUCUUCAUCAUCUGCCGCAAGUCCGUGUUUCGCCACCUUUGCUCUCUGCUGAGCUGCCGCUUCAGCCGGAGAGCCGUGAAGACGACGGCCCACUGCGCUCUGUCUCUGCCGCUCGACAGCCACAUACAGCGCCACCCCCCCGACGUCACGCUCCCACAGAUGAACACGUACUCCGGUUUACCUCUGUGACCCCACAGAGCCCCUCGUCUGGACGGGCUCACUGGAGGCCAGGAGGCCAUCGUGUCUGAAAAAACCUUGGAGCGAAUUUGUGAAAUGACACUUUUUGCAUACAGGAGUCACCUUUUUCAGGCACAAAGACUUUGACAAAGAAAGAGUACCUGUCUCAGCGGAGGUCUAUCCCCAUGAACUAAAAAAAACCAUUGCACUAUGUCUUAAAGGAACACUCCACCGUUUUUUCAUAUUAAAACAUGUUAUUCGGGUAAGUAAGACGAGUUGAUACAGACCUCUUGCGUCUCAAUGCGUGCACUCAAUCGCCCUGGCGCGCGGAGCUACUUGGCUAGCACUUAGCUUAGCCCAGUUCAUUCAUUAGGAUCCAAACAGAUGGACAGUUAGAAGCGACCAAACUCCUCCACGUUUUCCCUAUUUAAAUACAGCUACACGAGUAGUUAAACGACCAAGUAUGGCGACACAAAAUAAAACGUGGCGCUUUUCGAAGCGGAUAAAAAGGAUAACUAUAAUGUAUGGCGGAAUAGCACUUGGGAGCACUUCGACUCGGCGCAGUAAUAUCAUCACUUCCGCUCCCUCUCACUUCCGUCAGGAGU